CCGGGUGACCAAUCCAAAUCCAGUGCCAUCCAAUCCAAAAUCGUAUAAAUACGAAACAUUUUACGACGACAGUGAGUGAGUUUUGUGUUUGCAGAAUCAGUUUCAUUCAUUUGGUCAUUGCUGUGACUCUCUAAGCUCAUUUCCACGAGUGAAGACGUUGAACCCUUUUGAGGCCUCAGAUCUUUGCUAUGGCUACACCUGCUCCCCCGAGGGUUCCAAAUCUUAUUGGGGGCAAGUUUUCUGACUCAAAAUCAGCGACCUUCAUCGAUGUUAUAAACCCUGCAACGCAAAAAGUUGUUUCCCAACUUCCUUUGACUACAGAUGAAGAGUUUAAAGCUGCAGUUGCUGCAGCAAAGAAGGCGUAUCCAUCAUGGCGUAACACUCCAAUCACGAGACGCCAACGAGUUAUGUUGAAGUUCCAAGAGCUUAUACGCAGAGAUAUUGAUAAACUUGCCCUGAAUAUUACCACUGAACAAGGGAAGACUUUAAAGGAUGCACAAGGAGAUGUAUUCCGUGGUUUAGAGGUGGUGGAACAUGCUUGUGGGAUGGCAACUCUACAGAUGGGGGAGUAUGUUUCCAAUGUAUCACGUGGAAUUGAUACUUUCAGCAUUAGAGAACCACUAGGUGUUUGUGCUGGUAUUUGCCCAUUCAACUUUCCUGCAAUGAUUCCCUUGUGGAUGUUCCCGAUAGCAGUAACAUGUGGCAAUACCUUUAUUCUAAAACCAUCAGAGAAAGAUCCAGGUGCUUCUAUAAUUCUUGCAGAAUUGGCCAUCGAGGCUGGUUUGCCUGAGGGUGUCCUAAAUAUAGUUCAUGGAACUCAUGAUGUUGUUAAUGCUAUUUGUGAUCAUGAAGACAUCAAAGCCAUAUCUUUUGUUGGUUCAAAUAUUGCUGGAAUGCACAUAUAUGCAAGAGCAGCAGCUAAAGGGAAACGUGUUCAGUCUAAUAUGGGGGCCAAAAAUCAUGCGGUUGUCAUGCCUGAUGCGGAUGUCGAUGCUACCAUAAAUGCUUUAAUUGCUGCGGGUUUUGGUGCUGCUGGACAAAGGUGCAUGGCUCUCAGCACAGUUGUUUUUGUUGGAGACUCAAAACCAUGGGAAAAUAUACUUGUGGAGCGUGCCAAAGCCCUUAAAGUGAAUGCUGGAAAUGAGCCUGAUGCAGACUUGGGUCCAGUCAUUAGCAAACAGGCAAAGGAGCGAAUACACAGAUUAAUUCAAUCUGGGUUUGAAAAGGGUGCCAGACUAGUGCUUGAUGGAAGAAAUAUAGUGGUACCUGGAUAUGAAUCUGGCAAUUUCAUUGGCCCAACCAUCUUAGCAGAUGUCACUGCCGACAUGGAGUGCUACAAGGAGGAGAUUUUUGGUCCAGUUCUUCUACUCAUGGAGUCAGAUAGUUUGGAGAAGGCCAUAAACAUUGUCAAUGAAAACAAGUAUGGAAAUGGUGCUAGUAUAUUUACUGCUUCAGGUGUGUCUGCAAGGAAAUUUCAGACAGAGAUUGAGGCUGGGCAGGUGGGCAUCAAUGUUCCCAUUCCUGUUCCUUUGCCCUUUUUCUCAUUUACUGGCAACAAGGCAUCAUUUGCUGGCGAUCUCAAUUUCUAUGGCAAGGCAGGGGUUAACUUUUUUACACAGAUUAAAACAAUAACUCAGCAGUGGAAGGAAUCAGCUAGUGAGAACAAGAUUAACAUGGCAAUGCCAACCUCUCAAAAAUCUUAGUAUAUGUUGCCUCUCUCAAGCCUUUGCACUUCAAUAAAUCUUGUCAAUUACAUGAACUUCUUAGGAGAGAGUCAUCAUGUAAUUUCAACUUUGACAGUUUCAAAUAAAUGAAAAUAUUUUUCGCACGGUACGCACAUUAUUAAAUAAAGUGUUUUCAAACUUUAAAAA